GAGAUUGAAACAUGGGUGCGAGCAUUGGAGCAUUAUGACUACAACGAAUAUGAUGCUGCACUCCAAGCGUUCAUGACAGUGGCAGACACGUCGAAAAUACUCUUCAAUUGCGCCGUGAUACACGCGACACUAGGAGAGCAUACUCAAGCUGUCCAAUGCUAUCAGAGAGCAAUACACUUCGAUCAAUACAUGGCAAUCGCCUAUUUCCAGCAGGGUGUCUCGAAUUUUCUUCUAGGCGACUUUGAAGAAGCUCUUGCCAAUUUCAACGAUACUUUACUCUAUCUUCGCGGCAACAGAUGGAUUGAUUAUGAUCAGUUGGGUCUCAAAUUCAAGCUCCACUCUUGCGAGGCGCUCUUCAAUCGUGGUCUCUGCUACAUCUAUCUUCAGCAACGGAGUGCCGGUCUUCAGGAUUUGUUCUACGCGUCCAAGGAAAAGGCUGUACCUGAUCACGAUGUCAUCGACGAAGCGAUACGUGAACAAGCUGAGGUUAAGAACAUCAAGUCCAAGAACUACCUUGGAACGUCGACCCUUGUCCGGGCUCAAGAUCGAUCUAACCAAGUGUUCCUCGAUUCUCGACGUAAUUUUACUGCCUCUAGCUUCGCGGUAGACGACCGUCCUGAGGAGAAGUUAUCAUAUGCUGCCAUAAAUCUCGUGAAACCAGGUCUCGCAAGUCGUUCACGUCAGCAGUCAGAGCCACCGAUUCACAGGAACAUGUUCCCACCGACUCCUCCACCAGAAGCCGACAGGACAGCUUCGACGACAGCGGCAAACACAAAACGUAAAUCGUCCGAAAGCACAGCAAGCAUGCCAACAGGAAUGCAUCAAAGCCGUCCGUCGAUAUCGAAACCUGCCAAACUGGAUCUAGGACUCGCUGCUUUCGAGCAGGCAUCUUCAUCAACGACGAGUCUUGUGAUAGAGAAGCCAAGACUAGGGACCAAGAGGUCCGCGUCGGAGAGACCUAGGGCGCGAGACACACAGUCAUCACGUUCGAGUCCACCAAGUAUGCUUGAAUACGACAGACGCUCUGAUACUCACCACCAAGAACGUGAUGAUCCACACGUCUUGCGACCAGAUGUGUAUACACCAGACACAAUAGCCACAGCUGUACAACAAGCACUCUCCGAACCCGAGAAACUACAACCGAUGACUUUCCACCAUCAACGCACCAGAUCUGGAGGACAAUCCUUGCGCGAAUACCCUCGAUCCAUCGCUGAAGAAGACGAAAGUCCUGAAGAAGAAGCCAAGGACACGCAGCCAUCCUUCAAGGAAGACCCUUCUCUUCAAGCUCUCCAGACCACUAUCACAAACGCACUACCCUAUGAGAUCACACCUGCCAUUCAACAACAAUCACAGCCGGCUCUUCCCACGCUUCGCAAGAUCCGCGUCAAGGUGUUCGCGGCUGAUACACGCUAUGUCAUGAUCCAGCCCGACGUCUCUUACGACACAUUUGUAGAGCAGAUACGCAAGAAGUUCGGCCUCACAGGCAAAGAAAGCUUCAAAUUGAAAAUGAAGGAUGAAGAGGGAGACAUGGUAACCAUGGGCGACGAGGACGAUUUGGAAAUGAUGGUGAUGACCGCAAAGGAGCAAGCGGGUAAAGAAGGAGCGGACAUGGGCAAGAUGGAGGUAUGGGUGCAAGAGCUGUAA